GUCGUCGGCUCCGGCAGGUAGAUCGUCUGCUCAAAUACGUGUAUGGCGAAUGCGCUUGUUCGUAGUGGCAGCGACUUUUUGAUCACUUUACCCUAGGUGUUUGCUACGGCCACAGGUGUGGAGGAAGCGAAAGACAAGUCUUUCUGAGGAACUUAAUGUGAGGUGUGGCAAAAUUGGAGAAAAUAUUACUUCCAACGGAGUGGAACAGAUUGGUCUGGUUCCUUUAGAACCAAAAAAGACCAAGAUGCCCUUCGGAAAUUUUGAAAACCUGAAAGGAAAGGUCCUACAACCCCCAAAGGAUGCGGCCCAUUUGGCGAAAAUGUCCUUUCAGAGGAUGUUGGGGAAACAGCAAGAUGAAAAAUCUUUAGUCAAAUAUGACGAACUGGAUGAGGUUUAUUCAGAGGAAGAUGAUCCGGAGAAGAAAGCCAAACCCGCUUUCAAGUGUAGCUGCUGCAGAUGCAACUGUGCCAAGCGAUAUCUUAUUGCUAUCCUCAGUAGCAUCGGAUUCAUUUUAUCAUUUGGUAUUCGGUGCAACUUAGGAGUUGCAAUCUUGAAAAUGACAAAGAACGAAAGUGUCGACUUGGAUGGAGAUGGAACAAUUAGACAAAAUGAAUCGGAACCAGAGUUUAGUUGGACGCCAGAAACAGUUGGUGUUGUGGAUAGCUCUUUUUUCUGGGGAUACAUAGUUACGCAGGUACCAGGAGGGUAUCUGGCAUCCAGAUUGCCAGCCAACAGAUUAUUUGGCAUGGCUAUAGGCCUAUCAGCAUGUCUGAAUAUGUUACUACCAGCAGCUGCUAAAGUACACUAUGGUCUGGUUAUAUCAGUACGAAUCCUACAAGGAUUAGUUGAGGGUGUGACAUACCCAUCGUGUCACGGUAUUUGGCGACACUGGGCCCCACCCUUAGAGCGAUCCAUGCUAGCCACUAUAUCAUUUUGUGGGUCGUACGCGGGUGCCGUUCUCGGCAUGCCGUUAUCGGCGGUCCUCACCGAGUACCUAGGAUGGCAAUCGGGAUUUUACGUGUUCGGUGUGUUAGGUGCAAUAUGGUCUGUUAUAUGGUGGUUCUUUUCAUUCGAAAGACCGGGAGUACAUCCCACCAUUACAGACGAGGAGAAGAUCUACAUCGAAACCUCCAUCGGAGAAAACACAUCUAUCAUCAAUAAGAACCAUAAGACCCCAUGGGUCAAGUUUUUCACGUCGAUGCCGGUAUAUGCCAUCAUGGUGGCAAACUUCUGCCGAAGCUGGACUUUCUAUCUCCUUAUCAUCAGCCAGCCCACAUACUUCCUCAAGGUUUUCGGCUUUGAGAUUGACAAGAGCGGCACCCUGUCUGCUUUGCCCCAUCUGGUGAUGGCUAUCAUCGUCCCUAUAGGGGGGCAGCUGGCUGACUUUCUGCGUCGCAGGAUUCUCACAACAACUGUUGUUAGGAAAAUCUUCAACUGCGGAGGAUUCGGGAUGGAGGCUGUGUUCCUAUUGGGCGUUGGCUUCACCCGUGACACUGCCACUUCAGUAGUCUGCCUCACUUUAGCCGUCGGAUUCAGUGGAUUUGCCAUUUCCGGUUUCAACGUGAACCACCUUGACAUUGCCCCGCGGUACGCCAGUAUCUUGAUGGGGCUCUCCAACAGCGUGGGGACGCUAUCGGGGAUGUUGUGCCCGAUUGUCGUGCAGUACGUCACAAAGGGCCAGGACAAGUCUCCUGCAGAGGCGGCUCAGGAAUGGCAGACGGUGUUCUUGAUUGCCAGCAUCAUACACUUCUGCGGAGUCGUGUUCUACGCAAUCUUUGCCUCCGGAGAAAAACAGCCUUGGGCAGACCCUCCAGCUGAGGAGACCUGGCGCCCAGAACACACCCUGACUGACGACGGGAAUGCAUGGAAAUACCAAACCUACGGUUCUACAACUCAUGGAUAUGAGGGGGAAGUGAACACUGCCUGCAAUGGGGGUCCCGUACCCCCUCCUUAUAGUCCCGUGUAUGAGACUAAGGAGCAACUCGUUCAGAAGGAACAGAGAGAUCGCUAUAUGGCUGAUGGAAAUGAACGAGAUUUCUAAAGUAGUAGAUGAUUUCAUUUGUCAUUUUAUUCCACAUCGUAGGUCAUAGGAAUAUUGGCAUGCGCUGUAGGUCGAAGGACUUAAGGGAAGAUUAAAUUUCAAGUAAUGGAUACUGGUUCAAGGUCAUGUCAGGAACAGCAUGGCAGGUUGAAAAGGAUCUGGCUGGGUGACUGUCGGUAUAGUAAUCGAGGGUUGUUCAUUUCAUUAGGUGUAACUGAAUCAUACGUUCACGAUACGAGAUUGAUGGUGUCCUUGUGCAAACAGUGUGGAUAACGAAGCUUGGCAACAAAAACAUCGAACAAUAACAAUCCAGGGAAUUCACAGCAAUGAAAGAAGGGGAUGGAUUUUGGUCCAAUCCAAUCACGAUCCCAGUACGAGAGUCGGCCAACAUGCCCGAGAAUAUGAUUAGGCCAAACACAACUCUGCAGAAAAUCAAAUUUGUACGACAAGAAGAUGCUUUAAACCACAUCAUGAUAAAUCAUCAUCGACCAUGCUCGUCAAAUGAAAAAUGUGAUCACGUGACUAUCCAAGAUGGCGGUUAUCGGGAUCAGGUGGCCGCCGUAGUUGCGUAUCUCCUAUUAACGUCUAUUUUCCGAGAGACAAGCUUUCUUUGGACAUCUUACAUGGCCGCUCUAAUCACACUUUCUAAUUCAAUUUACCCAAAUCGCUCUGGGUAAUAUCUUUGAGCAACUGUAUAACCCAAUGGCUAAUGUUUUCCCUCUGGCCAGAUGCCCGAAUAUAAAAUGGGAUUGGACCUCAACACGGUCCAGGAUUGAGUUGAUUACAUUUUGAGCUAAAUUUGAUGACGGUGGAAGAAAGAGAACGCACAUUUCAAGUUGAGGGUUGUAAAUUAGGUUAGGAAGAGUUAUCUAGCUGUUUCCACAGAGAAAGGGGAGAACUGAUCAUGUGUCUACGACCAAAAUCAAUACUCAGUGGUAACAUAUACUGUAGGCCGGUAUAAAUGGAAUAGGGAACAUCAAAAAUAUGGAAUGACAAGGAAAGGGAAAUGAGUAGUAUUCAGACCAAUGAAGUUACGUUUGUAUUGCUAAUAAUUGUUGAUUUUUAAAAUGCUGAAUUUCGUUUAAUGAAUUUGAUUAUAAGUGUUACUUGUGAUUUCGCUUCAGGUGUUUGUGAUAAUGUUUCUUAGGUAGAAAACAAACUUUUAAUGUACAAUUGGAUUAAUUUGAUAUGAAAUAUUUAUUCAAGCGAGACAGCGGUUUCUUUCUAUUUGUUGAACUGUUAAUUGAUUUAGAUUUGAUUCAUUUAGAAAUACUGUGAUUGAGAUAUAUGGAUUAUUAUUAUACUGCAACAUUUAGAACAUGAAACAAUUUCAUCAGUACUUAAACGCUUUUCAGUAUAUGCUGGCGGGUAUAAUUUCAAUUUAAAGUUUCCUUUUCAGAUAUUUACGUCAGAUAUAAAAUAUCUAACGCAUACAAAAUUCAAGAACAUUUAUAUAUUUGAUUAACUAACACUUAUAAUUGAUCUCUUAAAAAAGGAAUCUUUUAUGUAAAUAACAUGUAUGUACAUAAUGAUUUUGAGCGGCAAGCUGACUCAUAAUCGUAAACAUGUUGAGUUUAAAUUGUUUGAAUAUUUAUUAGGGGUUUGUACCAAGCUACAAGUGAUUUCUUUGUGUCUUACGCGUAUUCUAAUCUGUGAUAUUAAACUUAUCCCUUCAACUGCAUAAAGAUAUACACUGUCUACGAUGCAGAUAUAUGUACUGUUUUCUUCGUGUUACCUCCUCAAAAUCAAUCCAGGUUGUUUUGAAAUGCAAAAAGCAAAUUUCAAAAUUACAAUUUCAAAGUCUAUUUACAAAAGUAUUAACGAAAUAUAUUUCAUGGUUGUGUUUAGAAAUUAAAUCACGUCUUGAUCUGUUGCAUUAGUAGUUGUGUUUGUAUGAUAGUAAAUGGAUAGAUCUAUUAGCACCUGUGUAGAUGACAAAUUUGAAUGUACCAUGUUCUAUUUGAAUAUCCAUCAUGAUAGAUAAAAAGAAUACCAUCGUCAUUUUUUCACAAUGUUUUGUUACACGCUUCAUAGGCUGUGGUGAGAAUGGCGAUGUGAGAGCAGUAUAACCACCUUCUCUAUACUUCUUCUAUCAUAGAUGUUUCAUGUGGAAAUACUCACCCAUAUUAGGUAGCUGUUGAUGUAUAUUGCAGAUUCAUUCAUGUCAAUCACUAUGUGUAAAUAUUGUUAGCAUACAUAGCUAUUACCUCCUUGUUAAUAAUACAACCCGAUUGAUGAGUUGUUUGCAAACGAUACUUUGAAGUAGUAGAAAGGGCGCAAGUAAAUAAACCAACAAGAGCAAUUAAAUUGGUAAAUAAACCAAUUGGCAUGA